CCUGGUCUCACUGGUGUUUUGCAGCAGCACACUUUAGCAGUUUGAGCCCAACGGACGGUUUCCGCACGUGCUCUUCCUGGAGCCCCCACCAGCCGGCCGGACUCUCCAGCAACCUCAUGGCUCGACGCAGCAGCGGAGAACAGCCAAUCCUGCCUUUCCCAGAAGGAUUUGCUUGGGGAGCAGCAACGGCAGCCUACCAAGUGGAAGGAGGCUGGGAUGCAGAUGGAAAAGGCCCCAAUGUCUGGGACACAUUCACCCAUCAGGGAGGAGAUCGAGUUUUCAAGAACCAGACUGGUGAUGUAGCUUGUGGCAGCUACACUCUGUGGGAGGAAGAUUUGAAAUGUAUCAAACAGCUUGGAUUGACUCAUUAUCGCUUCUCUCUUUCCUGGUCACGUCUGUUACCUGAUGGGACGACAGGUUUCAUCAACCAGAAAGGAAUUGAUUAUUAUAACAAGAUCAUCAACGACCUGUUAGCGAAUGGUGUUACUCCCCUGGUGACCCUCUAUCACUUUGACCUACCCCAGCAUUUAGAAGACCAAGGCGGUUGGAGAGCGGAAGCCAUAGUUGAGUUUUUUGACAAAUAUGCCCAGUUUUGCUUCAGCACUUUUGGCGACCGAGUCAGACUCUGGGUUACGAUAAACGAGCCCAGCGUUUUAGCCGGAUUGGCGUACGAAGUCGGCAAGAUGCCUCCGGGUGUGCCUCAUCCCGGGUAUGGAGCUUAUCAGGCUGCUCAUAAUAUGCUGAAGGCCCAUGCCAAAGCCUGGCACAGUUAUGAUUCGUUGUUUAGGGAAGCCCAGAAGGGCCUUGUCUCUAUAGCCCUACAGUCCCCGUGGGUGGAGCCAGCGGAUCCCAGCUCUGUGGCCGAUCGGGAAGCAGCAGCACGGUGCCUGGCCUUCUUUUUGGACUCAUUUGCCAAGCCCCUGUUCAUCGACGGUGAUUACCCCACCCUGGUAAAAUCGCAGGUAGCCGCCAUGAGUCAGAAGCAAGGCCUUCCAGCGUCAAGACUCCCAGAAUUUACCGAGGAGGAAAAGAGAAUGAUCAAAGGCUCCGUUGACUUUUUUGCUCUGCAGUAUUACACAUCUCGCCUGGCGAAGGCCAGAGCCAAUACAGAGGGAGAACUCAGUUGCUUACGGGAUGUAGAGGCGGAACUCUUGCCUGACCCGUCCUGGCCCAAACUGGAUGGGAGUUCAUGGAUCUACGUAGUUCCGUGGGGCUUACGUAAACUUCUGAAAUACAUCAAGGAUACGUAUAAUAACCCUGUAAUUUACAUCACCGAGAAUGGGUUUUCCCAAGGUGACCCUGCUCCACUUGAUGACCCUCAGCGCUGGGAGUAUUUCAGACAGUCUUUACAGGAAGUGUUCAAAGCCAUCAAUAUCGACAAGGUCAACCUUAAAGGAUACUGCGUCUGGUCUCUUUUGGACAACUUUGAAUGGACGGAGGGCUACAGUAAUCGUUUCGGCCUCUUUCAGGUUGAUUUUGAAAAUCCUGCCCUACCUCGAGUGCCUUAUAAAUCAGCCACAGAAUACGCCAAGGUCAUCAAGCACAAUGGGCUAACCAGGCCCCUGUAGGCUCAAUGGAAUAGCAGACCAAACCUCAUGUGAAGGUCCCAAGGCCCUAAUUCCACUUCCAUAUGUGUCAAUACACCUGUUUCUGUCUUUGUAAUUGAAUCACAUUACCAAUUAACCCAUAUGUCAAAGUACAUUCAUAAUUAUGGAAGUUUCUGCUUUGCUCAGGAGCAAGGUGACCUUCUUUAAAAUACUCGAAUGGAGAAGCAUUAAAGUAAUGACUUUUAUAAGAAGAAUAAAACAUAGCAUAAGAAAAAAAGAAAGCAGAAUUAAACAGAAAUUUCUUAGGGAAACCAAGCGGAAGUGAUGCCGAUACAAGAAUCUGCAAUUAUUUAUGGAAGAGCAGAACUCAAGCUCUGAUAGGAUAUGAUGAUUAGUAAUCAGUAGAGUCUGAAAGGAGUCUCUUCCUGCCUUUGGGUCUAGGAAAUGUUGUCUGGGGUAAAGUCCAUAAUCAGACUAAAUAUUAAACCUGCUACAGUAAUCCUGUUCAUCACCACAAGUUUUUCUGUUCAAUUCAUCUACCCCUUUGGUGUGGGUUGUGUGUAGGCAUUAUGAAGGAUCACAUUUUAGCAGAUUAAAAUAACAGAUUAAAAAGCAUUUUGAAUAAUAAGAAAUACCCCAAGUCAUCCACUGAAUUGUGUGAACCGCCAUUUACCAAAAAUACAUUUUUCAAGGUCAGAGCUUGUUAUAAAUUGCUCUAAAAUGACUAUUUGCCUGCCUUUUUUCCAUAUAAUCUUGUGAAUUAUUAAAUGAGAAAGAUUCACGUGAAAUAAUUAAAUCUAAUAUUUCUUCCUGGCAUA